AUGAGGGGUUGCAGACUUGUCAGUGGGCUGCCUAUCAAGUUCUUGAUCGAGAUGCCAGGUUUUUUAAUGAUGUUCAGCCGCUCGCUGAUACAUUUAUUUUGCUGUGGCUCCAGCAAGCAGUAUUUGACAUUCGUUGUUCAUAGAGGUGCUAUCAAAGCGAUGGGGAUGGCUUUUUUAGUCCAGAAGGCUACGGCUCUGUGUCACAACAACAAGCACUUGUCCUACUCUGUUUUUCCCUGGGCAGUAUUGUUCAAUACUGCACAGACCGAACCAAGAAUCCGCGUCAGAUUACCCCCGUCGUUGCAAAGUAAUUCGACGGGCUCUCCAACCGUCACGUGA